GCACGCCAGUGUCCUUCGAGAUCACCCUUUUACCCUCCAGGCCACCAGCUUCAUCGAGCAAUGCCCUUGAGAUGCUCUCCUGUGGUUGGAACGGGAACAACAGGAUCGUGGACCGCGACACAUGGCCCACCCAGCAGAACAAACUUCAGAGGUUUGUCCUCGGUUUUCUUACUCAUUGAAGGUUCUCAAAAAAAAGCAAGACAGAUGUCGAUGUGUCCUGGUGUUUUUGUCCUUUUUGUGUGUCUUUGUCUGUGUGUGUCUGUGUUGACUUUAAAAAAGUGAGCAAAUAUGUGAGCUUAUAUUUAUUUUUUCUCUUGUUUAAGGAUGAGGGAAGAAAGGUCAAAUUGCUGGCGCUAUGUGUGUGUUCCUGCGACGGAGAAAACCUCGUACGGUGUUGUGUUUGGUACGGUGGAGUGGCCAAAUGUGUCAAAAAAACUUUCUUUUUUCCUUUUUUUCGUUUUGCGAUCUUUGUUUUGCUGUUUGUGCUCCAACCUGCCCCCCGGGGACAUCCGAUGGUUCAAAACCCCGACAAGAAUUAGGGCAAUUUAGACAUUUAACCACCGGCGGCCAAGUUGCGGUCCAGUUUCAACGCAAUCGGGGACAGAUCUCUUUGUGGUAUUGGCUUUGGCGUUGCUGUGACGUCCCUUGGGGACAACAAUUGACAACUUUGAUAACGCAGAGUUGCUUUAACUACAUGUCCCGUUUCAGAUACAACUCCACCGCGGAGCGGAAGAUGUCUGUGAUUGCCUUCAUUGGACAUCCCCGAUAAUGUCUGGUCGUUUUAAUGUCUCGACACAACCUAAAGAUCUACCUGGAUACGCACGGGC